AUGGGAAAUGCAACUUCCAUUGAUAACACUGGAAAGAAACACCAGCUUAAGGAGAGAACCAUUCGGGAUAUCUACAUGAAAUCCAAGAAAGGCGAGAGCAACCUGGGCAUCAAGGCGCUCGACUUACGGAAAAUGUCAUUCAGUACCAAAUCCAACGACUGCCAGCAGCUUAUCUACGUAGGCGAAGGGACGGGAGACUCUCCGCCUCAAAAAUUGCUACCUCUCGAGGAGCCUCGCAGCGAGACCGUGGCUACAGACACAUCCCAAGAUAUGGUGGAGAACGCCAAGGAGACCUUAAAACAGUCACAGGUGGCGAACGAGGAACGGAGCAACGAUAGCGACGCUUCGGGACUCGCCGAGAUGUACGGCAAAUACAACCGCGUCUACUCUUUUUUCGUCCUGCACUGGACCGAGGACCUCACAGCUGCACUUCGAAAUGUGGCCGACUUGCUGACCGACAAAGGGGAGUGCUUGCUGGUGCUCCCUGCUCGCCGAAUUGUGGAAGCUAUUCAGCGGUUCAUCCCCUCAACCGGAAAUGUAGAAGACAGGUCGGAAAUUAAAUCUUACAUGCUGGGCGCUCUUGAGGGUGCCAGUCUCCAGCCACGCACCAUCCAAGUACUGACCAACGAGCAAAGUUGUCUUGAUGUGGAUGAAUUCAUACAAAUGAUGCUCUCGCUAGAUUGCAUUCAACCUUUGCUGCCCGAGGAAGCAAAGGCGGAAUUCAAGACUGAUGUUGAGGAGGUUAUGCGCUCGUUCUGGACAGAAGAACUGGCUGGAUUCCCUCAGUUUCUCUUAGACAUAUUCGUGGUUCACGCCAUCAAAAUUUGA